AUGUCUUCAGACACCAUCCCCUCUGCUCCCGAAGGAAACGAGUACUAUGAGAUUCGAGAGGUGCCCGGAAAAGGCUAUGGAUGCUUCGCGCUAAAGGCCAUUCCGCGUGGUACUCGUAUCCUGGAGGACGAGCCACUGCUGAUUGUGCCCAUAUGGAGAUACCUACAAUCGGACAUUGAAAAGGCGGCUGCUGGGAUGACGCCGGAACAGAGAAAACUCUACUUUUCUCUGCAUUCGGGACACGGGCAGGAUCCGAAGAAGUGGCCAUCCAAGAUCCACGACACGGUCCCAGCGAUGGAGCGUCAGCGCAUCCUAGAGCAGCACGCGGCUAGAGUUGGUAAGGAAGCAACAUUGAUUAGCAUUUUCCAGAUCAACUGCAUGGAAAUGGGCGAUGGGGCGGCAGUGUUUGGCCAUGCGUCGCGGUUCAACCACUGUUGCAAUCCAAAUGCCCUCUUCACGUGGAACGCAGCGAUUCACAAAGAGACGAUCCACACCAUGAAGGACGUGGCUGCAGGCGAGGAGAUUACGCUGUCGUACUGCGACAUGACCCACGACAAGCCGUCGCGAACGUACGAGCUCAAGCACUACGGCUUCGUGUGCGACUGUCCGGCGUGUGCAGGAGACGAAAACGACGAGUCGAGUUUCGCAAACCAGAGUGCCGUGAGGCGCUUCAGGCUGCAGGAACUGGAACAUGAGACGCGUUACUGGCGCGGUUCCCGGCUGCUCGAGGGGGCGCAAAAACCCGAGUUGGUCAAUAGACUGCUUCAGAUGGCGGCGCUGCACAACCUCGAAGGCGAAUACAGUGCCCGGCUGGCUGCCGUGUACCUGGACAUUGCCCUCGUGUGCGAGUGCAACAACGAUCUUGUGAUGGCUGAGAGAAGUGCCGUGAAGGCGGUACAGGUCAAAGAGGGCUGCCAGGGCAAGGAUUUCCCCAACUAUGCAAAGUAUGCAGAGGCGCUGCAUCGGAUCAGGGCGAAGUUGGCUGCGCAGGCGGGCCAAGAGCGUGCCCAGGCAUAG